AUGGCAGCAAUCCUGAGCAAGAUCAAGACAGAAGCUGAGGGAACAUUGAGGCUACUCUGGAAGAAGAUCGACCCGAAUGAUCUGAAACCCGGCGACCACAUUUACUCUCAUAGGCGAUACGGUUUAUACAGCCAUCACGGAAUAUAUGUCGGGGAUGGGUUUGUGAUUCACUUUAUCCAGACGGAGACCAAGAACAACGUCCUUCGGCUGCCCAAGGCCGAGAAGUUUGCGCACCGUCCUCCCUGCCCGAAAUGCCUAUACGAUGAAUACAAAGACCUAGGUGUCGUCAGGACAUGCCUCGACUGCUUCUGCUGCCACGAGGAGAAGCUCCACUCCAUAAGGUACUUCGUGUACGGCGCGCCCCGAGUGGGGCUACUGCUGAAGAAAUCGGGAACCUGCACGACGCUUGUGUCCAGCAGGACCGCCAAUGAGGUUGUUGAGGAAGCUUACGAGCUUCUCCGGAGCCAGGGAUUUGGCGAGUACAACCUCUGCCAGAACAACUGUGAACAUUUCGCAACCUUCUGUCAGACCGGAAAGAAACUGUGCACGCAAAUGUCGUUCUACCAUGAUCUGGAAGAGUGGGUCAAGAGACGGAUUUCGUGA